AUGAGUGGCAAGACCGAUAACACAGAGUCGCGGUACAAUGACUUUUCCACAGACGAGGAGCAGCAGCUGACACGCUCGUACCUGCGCAAGAUUGACUUGCGGUUCCUCCCCAUCUGCUGCGCAGUCUACUGCACAGCCAUCUGGGACAGAAACAACGAGGCAAUCAUUGGGCUUCACGGUGGACAGUUCAACUGGAUCGUCUCGGCGUUCUUCUUCACAUACAUCUUCUGCGAGAUUCCGUCCAACAUCAUGCUGAAGCGGGUCGGCGCCAAGAUCUGGCUGCCGUUCAUUGCCAUUGCGUGGUCGGUGCUGUGUGCGUGCAUGGCUGCAGGCAAGAGCUAUGCCUCGUUGAUUGUGAUCCGCAUCCUGAUGGGUAUCUUCGAGGCAGGACUCGUGCCGGGCUUCAUCUUCUUCACGUCGUUCUGGUACACAAGGCGGCAGCUGGGCCCGCGCAUCUCGCUGUUCUUCUCGGCGGGUACGUUCGCCGGCAUCUGGACGGGCCCGCUGGCCGCCGCCCUGCAAAAAAUUGACACUGGCCUGCACGGGUACCAGUAUAUUUUCAUCAUCGAGGCUGUAAUCACAGUUGGCUUGGCGGUGAUCAUGUAUUUUUUGCUGCAAAACUACCCCGAGAGCGCAACAUUCCUGAGCGAGGACGAGCGGUCGGUGGCAAUGGAGAAGCUGGACAAGGAGAGGGCGCUGGCGGGCAAGGCCAAGUACAACUCGCGCCAGGUGCUGCGCGCGCUGGCCGACCCGACUGUCUGGGGCUACGGCGUUAUCUUUUGGGCGGCUGCGACCGGUGGUGCGACCCAGGCGAUCUUUGGCCCGACCCUUGAUCAGGGCCAUGGGAUACACGGCGACCCGCGCCCAGGUGCUAUCAUCUCGAUGUUCCUGCCGCGGCUCUACCCGCGGCUCAGCGUGUGGAUGAUGAUCUACAGUGGCAUGGCGUGUGUGUUCUAUGCGAUCAUUGCCUCGGUGUCGGGCAUCCACAUACGCUUCGCCUUCCUGUGUCUGGCCAACUUUGCGCUGUCGCCGACCAUGCCCAUUGUGUCGCUGUGGAUGCAGCACAAUGUGCUAGGCGUCACCAAGAAGGGCGUGGCCUCGGCCAUGACAGUCAUGAUGGGCGGCAUUGCCGGGCUUAUUGGCUCGCACAUCUACCGCAACCAGGAUGCCCCGCAGUACCGGUUCGGCCACCUGUUUGUGUGCGUGUGCAAUGCCCUUGUGUUCGCCAUCUCGCUUGCUCUCCACGUUUACUUCCGGCUCGAGAACCGCCGCCGCGACCGCAUGCCUGAGGUUGAUCUGUCGCAGUACUCUGCGGAGGAGCUCGAGGACAUGUGCGACAACCGCCCCGACCACCGCUACUCUUACUAG